CAAACACAAACCCUGGAUUGAGACGUCGUACCAUGGUAUCAUAACUGAAAACAAUGACACUGUGAUUUUGGACCCUCCCCUGGUUGCUUUGGAUAAAGAUGCACCUGUUCCCUUUGCAGGCGAAAUUUGUGCUUUUAAAAUCCAUGGGAAAGAAAUGCCCUUCGAGGCUGUUGUGCUGAACAAGACAUCUGGAGAAGGUCGGCUUCGAGCAAGGAGUCCCAUUGACUGUGAGCUGCAGAAGGAAUACACAUUCAUCAUCCAGGCCUAUGACUGUGGGUCAGGACCAGGCGGAACAAACUGGAAGAAAUCGCACAAGGCAGUAGUCCAUAUCCAGGUGAAGGAUGUCAAUGAGUUCUCCCCAGCAUUCAAGGAGAGCAUGUACAAGGCCUCAGUGACAGAGGGGAAGAUCUAUGACAGCAUCCUGCAGGUGGAAGCCACAGACGAGGACUGCUCCCCCCAGUACAGCCAGAUCUGCAACUAUGAGAUUGUCACCACAGAUGUGCCCUUUGCCAUUGACAGGAAUGGUAACAUCAGGAACACUGAGAAACUCAGCUAUGAUAAACAGCACCAGUAUGACAUAAUGGUGACAGCUUUUGACUGUGGGCAGAAACAUGCAACGGAAGAUGUCUUGGUACGAGUUAAUGUCAAACCUGUGUGCAAACCAGGCUGGCAAGACUGGAACAAACGGAUUGAAUACAGGCCAGGCUCUGGCAGCAUACCCUUGUUUCCCAGCAUCCACCUAGAAACAUGUGAUGGACCAGUGUCCUCAAUCCACACCACCAUUGAACUGCAGACCAAUUACAUCGGAAAGGGCUGUGAUCGUGAAACCUACUCUGAAAAAUCUCUGCAGAAAUUAUGUGGAGCUUCCUCAGGUGCCAUUGACCUGUUACCAUCUCCCAGUACAACAACCAACUGGACAACUGGGCUCCUCAUGGAUAGCAAUGACAUCAUUUUUAAAUUUGAUGGAAAGCAAGGAGCCAAAAUCCCAGAUGGAAUAGUCCCGAAAAAUUUAACUGAUCAAUUCACCAUCACUCUGUGGAUGAAACAUGGACCUAGUCCUGGAUUAAGAGCUGAGAAGGAGACCAUUCUCUGCAACUCUGACAAGACAGAGAUGAACCGGCACCACUACGCACUGUAUGUGCACAACUGCCGCCUCGUGUUCCUGCUGCGCAAGGACUUCGACCAGGCUGACACCUUCCGCCCUGCUGAGUUCCACUGGAAGCUCGACCAGAUCUGUGACAAGGAGUGGCACUACUAUGUGGUCAACGUGGAGUUUCCCGUGGUGACGCUGUACAUGGACGGGACAACGUACGAGCCAUACCUGGUGACCAACGACUGGCCCAUCCACCCGUCCCACAUCGCCAUGCAGCUCACAGUGGGGGCUUGCUGGCAAGGAGGUGAAGUCACCAAGCCCAGGUUUGCUCAAUAUUUCCAUGGCAGCCUGGCCAGUCUGACAAUCCGGCCAGGGAAAAUUGAAAGUCAGAAAGUGAUUUCCUGUUUGCAGGCCUGCAAGGAAGGUCUUGAUAUUAAUUCGCUUGAGAGUCUUGGCCAAGGAAUAAAGUAUCACUUCAAUCCUUCCCAGUCAGUCCUUGUCAUGGAAGGAGAUGACAUUAAGAAUAUAAAUCAAGCCCUCCAGAAAGUCUCAUACAUCAACUCCAGACAGUUUCCCACUGCAGGCAUACGACGUCUCAAAGUCUCAUCUAAAGUCCAAUGUUUUGGUGAAGAUGUCUGCAUUAGUAUCCCAGAUAUAGAUGCCUAUGUAAUGGUGUUUCAGGCCAAUGAGCCCAAGAUUACCAUAACUGGGAUGGACCACUUUGCUAGACCAGCAGCACAGUUUGAAAGUGAAAGAGGUGUUAUUUUGUUACCUGACAUCAGGAUUGUCAGCACAGUCACUAAAAUGGAGCAUUCUGUGGACUUCAGAGAACAUGACAGAGUCAAUAAGCAACUGGUAGUAGAGGAAAUGCUCCACAACUUAGAUUUCUGUGAUGUGUUGGUCAUUGGUGCAGAACUCGACCCUGAACAAGAGUGUUUAGAACUAGAUAGUGGGGAGCUUCAAGGAAAACAUCUAGAUGCCACAAAUUCCACUGCAGGAUAUUCAAUCUAUGGUGUAGACAGCAUGUUCAGCUAUGAGCAGGUGCUGCGGCAGCUCCGCUACCGCAACUGGGGCACCUCGGACACCUCGGACAGAAAGUUCAGGGUCAAGUGCUCCGAGCUCAAUGGGCGUUAUACCAGCAACGAGUUCAACCUGGAGGUUAAUAUUCUACACAGUUCCAAUUCCAACUUCAUGGACCAUGUAAAUCACAUGAUAGUUCAGCCUCAAUUUCUCCAAUCUGUUCAACACCCUGAGGGGAGUGUAAGUGCAGUUCACAGCUCAGUGGUUCCCAGUGUGGCCACGAUGGUUAUCAUCAUCUGCGUGAGUGUGCUGGUGCUGGUGAUCACGCUGGGCGUGUUCCGGCUGCGCACGGCCCGCCAGCACGGGGCCACGGGCCGCGAGGGAGCCAAGGACAGUGACAUGGACUGGGAUGACUCUGCUCUCACCAUCACCGUCAACCCCAUGGAGAAAUAUGAAAAGCCACACAAGACAGAAGAGGAGAGUGAGGAAGAAGACAUAGACGAUGAAGAGGAAGACACAACGAGUGCUGAAUCAGAUGACAGUGAAGAGGAUGAAGAGGAGGAGGAAGUGAUUGUCCAAAAGGGAAACAAACAGAAUUCCACCAGGCAAGAGCAGUUGGAGUGGGAUGAUUCAACACUCCCGUACUAACAAACAGCCCUCCAGCCACAGCUCUUUUGUAACAACCAAUACAAUGUUUUUUCAGAAUCUGUGACAUUGACAGGAUUUGAACUUCUGCUUGCCUAUAACUGUUUUGACUAAAAUGAUCUUGUUGUAGUAAUUGAUAAUGAUAGAACUGACCCUUUUCUUACAAAGCCUGGGGAAAAAAAUCAUACAAACCUCCUUGCACACACAUAGUAAAAUAAUCCAGAACUUGAUCUAAUUGUUAGCAAGCACAGUUCUCAAUUUCCUGUUUCUACUCUGUAGAUGUGUGACAAAAGUCCUGUCACUUGAUCCGUAGAAGUUUUUGCCUUUGCUACAUUUUUCAUGAGAGAUUUCAGCUUGUUCUGAAGAAUUAGUUCUGUGGGUCCAAAUACCAAUUGCCAUCUAACUUCACAUUCUUACAGGUGUAAAAAACAUAAUCCAUCUCCAAACUGGGGCAGGGCUUUAGUGCUGCAGGGGCUGAUUUCCAUCUGUCAUCUCCUCCUGCCUUCUGGAUGUUAACUGUCUUCUGCAACGGGAAUAUCUAGGACUUGACAGGGGAUGCAUGUGUGCAGAUGUAGACGUGGACAGUGUAUUUUUUCAGGCAUGCUGUCAGACCCUCAAGAGAGGGAUUUUUAUCCAACCUACUGAUAGAAAUUAAAAACAAGUUUUAAAAAAAACUGCAACAAGAAGGGACUACUGAAGGUUACCAGAAAAACCCCAGUUCAUUCUGUGUCCACAGACAGAGUAAUAUGGUCUUAUGCAAACUGUAAAUUCUAAUGGGAUUGAUUAGCUGAAAAUCUGUAGAGCUGCUCAUUAGUUAUGGAUUGAGCAAUUUGCAGCAAAUCGAUGUUCUAAACUGUCUGUCUCAUGGAAUCAUUAGCUUGCUGCAGCAUCUUACUGAACUAGUGGAAAAUAAGUGACCCCAUUAUUCCAUAGCUAUGUAUGGCUGGGAUUUAAACAAUUAUUUUAGAUGAGGAAAACAUUACCUUUUGCUUAGUGAAUGCCAGCUGGAAUUCUAUAAAUUCUGACUGUAUUCUAUAAAAACAAAAUGCCCUAUUUCUUCUCUACCCCUGCCUGCCUGUAGUGCGCAAGAGAAAGGAACAACACAGUGAGCCCUCUUCUGUGCUCAUAAUUCUCCCUUAUUUCUUCUUCCUGAAGCCAUUAGUGUUGAGAGAAGGUUUUAUAAACUAGACAAGGAAAAAUAAAACCUACACACAACCAAAAUAGUCAAAAGUAAAAACUAAAAUCUUAAGAGGUUGAGAGAGUAUUUUAGUUUGUUAUGGUAACACAGCAUAUUUUUCUUAAACACUGUUUAGAAAGAAAACUAAAAAAAAAAAAAGGACAAAGCAGAGCUACGUAUACAACAUGUUGAUAAGUCUGUGUGGUGUGGUUUUUGUCCCCUUUCCUUAAGUACCUUUGCAUCUUUGACUGCUCUGCUCACCGAAUGCUGCCACACUUGCUGGGGUAGCUGCUCCAAUGCAUAGAAACAAAAUAGCAUGGAAGUGAAUGUUGCUUCAUGGCUUGUCUGGGCUAUUUUCCUAGGUACUUUGUUUUCUUUGCAAUUUCAUCUUUGACUUUUGCUUUUGCAAUUUGCUGUUUAAAAUGAGCUGCUGUCUCCACUCCCGUAGUCAGUCUUGCCACAACAGGACCUUCCUGAGCACCGUGAAUGGUGGCUGAUUUUGCAAAGGGUACUUGGAGCCGUCUUGAGGGUAUCCACCUCAAUACUGGAUUAUUAACAGCUCCUAAAUGUCAUGGGAUAUAGAGAAUAUAUAGUGAGUUUGGGGGUUCUUGUAAUUCCAGUUUCUGCAUUUGAUCACUGAAGGGAAAUACUGACAGCAACUACGCCUUGUAGUUGAAUAACUAGAAAGUAAAUGAAAGAAAAAGCUAUAUUAAUUUUAAAAUUAGAGAUAUUCAUGCUUUUAUUUGUUAUGCAAUCACGUUGUCACAUGGUUGUUAAGAUUGGCAACACAGCAGUUUUCUUCUGUUCUCAAUCCUGUUCCAUUUUAUUCUCUCACACGUAUUAAACUUAGAAGAAUAUUUUCAGAAUCAAGGCCACAUAAGUACAUUUUAUCUGCAGGAACAACAACUUUAAAAAUCUCCACAAUUUAUGUUUAAAAUGAAAUUAAUAUUUCUGAAUGUCUUGAAUAAAAGGUUAUGUUAGAUCAGUUCCUACCAUCCCAGUAUCCUAGGUAAUUUCCUAGUUUUAAUUUUCUUAGUGACAUGAAGCAGAGUCUUCAUGAUGCUUGUUAUCAGCACAUAUCAGCAAACCUUUCUGCUCAGAAAAAAAAUAUUUAAAAUUAAAUGUAGAUAUUUAAAAGUCAGUUUCAGAUUUAAAACUGGACUUAAAUUAUUUUAAAGUUUCUGUUAUUCCUGAUAAUUAUUAUUAUUAUUAUUGUUGUUGUUAUUGUUGUCAUAGGAAACAUUAGGGCAACUUUAAAACAGCAAUUUAGAACCUUUUUGAAAACCUUUAAUUUUUUUAUAUGUUUGUGAAUUCCUCAGUGUGUUUCUCCAUCUAAUAGACUUUUAUCUUUUUGUUACUGCAAGUUGAUCUUUUCAGGUUGUACUCACACAUUACAUAAGAAGCAAACAAAGUAUUUUCUCUACUGUAAAUAAACCUACAUUUUUAAACCUAAGCAAAGUAAUACAGGCAUGUGUGUUGUAACUAAAACAUGGUUUGCAGUAAGAUAUUCAGAAAACUAAAAUGUAUCACUGCACUUAUUUUAGAUUACUCGUUGGAGUGCAUUAUGCAGCAUUUUUCAUUCAAAUAAAUAGAAACAUCAUUUUCACAAAACGGCAGUGAGAAUGAGAUACUUCACACAAUGGGCCCUAGAAUAUUUGUAUAGCCCUGAGAGCAGUGGCUUCUUGAGCAAAACUACUACUAGAAAAUCAGAGAACUAUCACUUUUUCUAAAACUAUUCUAACCAUAUUUCCUCCCCUCCAGAAAUUAUUUUUUUAUAUAACCUACUUGCUUAAAAACCAACCAGAACAUGUACACACAUACAUACAUAAAGACACACCACAUGGGGCUUUUUGCCCUAGUCAAAAGCCAAAGUUCUUUCCUUUCCUUCCUGAAAAUAGUGUUUAGAACUGUAAAACCAUUCAGGUUGGAAAAGAACUCUAAGAUCAUUGAGCACUGCCAAGACCACUGUCCCCAGGUCCCCCAUUCACAUGUCUUGGAAUUCCCCCAGGAUGGUUACUCCACGCUACCCUGGACAGUCUCUUCCAAUGUUUGACCAUCCUUUCACUGAGGAAAUUUUCCCCAAUAUUCAGUCUAAAUCUCCCCAGCACAGCUCAAGGCUGUUUCCCCUUGUCCUAUCACUUGUUACUUGAGAAGAGAACCCAAUCCCACCUGACUGCAGCAUCCUCUCAGGGAGUUGAGAGAGUGAAAAGGCCCCUCCUGAGCUUCCUUUUCUGCAGGCUGAGCCCCCCAAGCUGCCCCAGCUGCUCCUCACCAGCCUGGUGCUCCAACCCUUCCCCAGCUCCAUUCCCUUCCCUGGACUCACAAGAAGCCCCUCAGGAUCUGUCUUGUGGUGAGGUGGCUUUUUUACACUAGCAAUAAACAAGUGUAUCCAAAGAAAGCAGUUCUGAAGAGGUACCCACAAUCCGUGGCAUCUAGAAUCCAGAGGUGACAACAGAGGUCUAAAAUUACAUUGCAUCAAUGAUGCCUUUAAGAUUUAGAAGUUCUAUUCUAAGGCUGGGAAAAGCUGCAAAACCUACAAAUGCAAAUUGAAGAUGUUAUCUGAAUUAAUAUAACUGCCUAAGUGGCUAUUUGUGAUUAAUAGGUCUCAUUUCCCUUUCACUUUUACCCCCUACACAGGUGUUUUAUCUUUGUAAGUAAACCUUAAAAUGCACACUUGAGAUUAAUCUCAAUAUUUACUGCAUUGGCUGACACUAGUUCAAGUUAGAAAUAGACAUGUAGGGUUUGUGACAUCUUUAAUACUAAUUAAAAUAAGCUGUCGCUAUUUGUUCAUUCUAACAGGUAAUACCUUGCAGUGGUGGUGGGACUGAUUUUUACCUCACCAGAGGCUAAUGAGAGGUAGCAGUUUAUUUUCCUGUCUGGCAUGUGGCGAUGCUGAGCUUGUUGAGCACCAUCCUUACUCCAUUCUGGAACAAAGUAAGGCUCAGAAAGGAUCCGAGGGUUCUAAAUUUUCUCCUGUGGGAAUGAAACCCACGAUCUCCAUUGCAGGAGCUGUCCCUGCCUGACUGUAAACCGAAAAUAAUGCCAUGGGAGAUCAGCAGCCCCAGGUGGGCAGAGGGUAAUGCAGUAGCAGUCCUUCACUAUGGCAAAGUCUUUUGAGCUUUCAUAAAAAAUAAAUUAAAAAAUAGUAAAUAAUCUGUGUCUCAGCUGUCCCUUUCUCCAGCUGUAACCUCAGAGGCAGCUUCACUCUUCUCCCUGGUAGGGGUCCCAGUGCACUGGGACACAACACUGCAUCUUCUCCAAGUUGGUGCCAGAACACACAGCUCUUCAUCUACACAAAACAGCACCAGGAAAGACUUUACUGGGGGUGACAGCCGGUAAAGGUCUGGUGGGAUGGGGCUACUCCUGGUAUCCUGGAAUAAAAAUUAUAAUACCAAAACUAAGGAUGUUUGCAAAAACAUAUGGCUCCUGAGAGAGGGAGAGGAAAUAAAACUCUGAGUACAUCUCCUCUAAAGGGCUUCCUCUUCCCUUAAUUCACACAGGCUGACCAGAAUAAGUAUCUCAGAACUAGGAUAUCCCAGUCUCAGGGGAAUAUCAGGUUUUAUCAGGUUCUUCCCUGAUAAAAUUACUGAAUAUAAAUAGUGGAAAUAUUGGGAGGAACCUGGAUGAUGCAGCAGCCUCAUCUAGGCUGUCAACAGUAGGUCUUGGGAUUAAUGCCCCUCUGGCUGAUCCCUGUAGCUGCUGACCUUUAUCGAGCAACUGCUUACAGUAGUUCUACACCAAUUGAGCGAAUCCAAGGAAAUAGGAGAAAAAGCCCCAAAUGACAAAACAUUAAUAUCAAAAAGAUUGCCAAAGAAAUCAAACCACUUUCUAAGUCACUAAAUUCAUUCCUGUUCGUGGUACAUAAUCCUGUGCUGCAUAAUAUCCCUCAAGCUCCAACCAGUGUCACCACCCACAGAAUGGCAUUAGGUUUUCCCUCUCAGCGCAGCUGAGGAAGCUGACAGGCCUUAUUACUGCACAGCCUCGAUGCCCCCAGAGCCUGCAGAGCUCACAGCAUUCCAGCACCACUGCAAAGAGCCACAGGAAAAGCAUCCCUCAAAGACCUUGGUGUUCCCAAAGAAACCAACUCUCCCAUGCACCAAACUAUGCAACACUUUGUAAUAUAAAAUAAAUAUGUUUUACAGCACCCAGAAGCUGUGAUCCUGUGAAAUCUUUGUACAUUUGGGUCAAAUGUUUUGUUGGGGUUUUUUUAAGUAAAGAAAGGCAUAACAAGCAAUUUGUGGGGAGUGAUGUAAACUUAAAUGGAUCAAGUUCCCUAAAGCUGCAUGUCUCAGAUUGUGUAUCCAGUGAUCAGGCUUCUGGUUGCUGGACUCUCCUGGCAUACAACUUUAUUUUUGUUAGUAUGGAGAACAAAGACACAAACAAUAGAGAUAACCACUAAAGCUACAGCAGAGCAAAAUUCAUACUCUCUUAACACAACCAAUCUCAAGAAAUAUUUCUGCUUAAUAUAUUGGGAAAAUUGUUCCAAUGAUAACUCAGAAAGUAAUUAUAAUUCAUCACCUUUGUAGGAUUAGCAAGGUUCAGGCCUGGUAUAUUCUCUUUGGUUUUGUUUUUCUUUGAAAAAGACAUGGCCAUAAAUUAAAAAUAUAUAACACUUGAACAGUGCAGAAACUGAGGGGGAGCAAGGGUUUUUAAUUCCAUAAAGCUCUGUCUAACAUUGGCGUUUAAAAUAAUAAGCAACUGUAGCCCUCAUUAUUGAAACUUAGCAGAGAAAAAUGAACCCAGGAAGUUUUUUAUGUUCGUAAGUUCAUUCCUAAUGAUGAAAAGGAAGUCAAUAGAGCAGGUACCCUUUUUCCCUAGAGGCACUUUGCUGCCUUUGGAGUAGGUAUUGCCAGUGGUUUGUUUGUUAUGGUUUUCAUGUAUCUGCUGGCUACAGUAUCAGUGCUGCUGGCAUCUUUUGGAACAGCCCUGUGAAAGAGCCUGGUGGUAAAACCGUAAUUCAGUAAUUCUCCUGCAGCUCUGCUCCCAGUCCUCCAUGGUAGAGCACUCCAAACAAGUGCAGAGGGAAUGAUGCAAUGGUUACAGUGUAGAGCUCUGGGCUGGUGCGUCAUUAGUUACUGCCUAUAAAGAAACGAUCUGAGCAGUGUGAAGCUCCGCAAAUGUGUUAAGCAGAGUUCAGGAAAGCCCUCAUUCUUAUUUUCAGUACUAACUCAUGGGGAAACUGUGCAUCCAUCAGCUGUCGAAGCUCCAUGGCCAUGUAUUGUCACUGUUUAUGUCUGUGCUGACAAUAAAGAAGCACCAGAUUUUUUUUCACAGUUAAGUAAGUACGUUGUACAAUAAAAGAGUUCAGCUUUCCCUGGGCAAGGUGCACAAAGCUUUCCAAAUGCAAAGAGAAGCUGACUCCAAAUAGGGAACAAAGAUUUUACAAUGGUAUUCCAUCCUUGUACUUCAGAAACCCAGAAAAAUUCAUGGAUGUAAAAUGCUUUUCUGCAGCCCCACCUAUUCCUUUUGUAUGAAUCUGGAUAUAGACUUGGGUUCAGAGGCAUUUAACUUCCCAGCUGGGUGUAUUGUUCUUUCAGGUGUUUUUGUUGUAACCCAUAAAACUAUUUUUGGCUGAAGGUUCCAGGAUAUGCUAAGGGGGAAAAAAAGCAAAAUGUUAUUAAAAUUACAGUGUCUUUUUUUUUUUUUUUUCUACUCUUGCCUCCCCUAAAUACAUAAACAUGUACAAAAGACUUGAUCAGACAGCCCUGGUUCAGCCUGGGACUACAAUGACAUUUCAAACCGGUACUGAAAUUGGCAAUAAAUCCUUGUCUGCAAACUGCUUAAUGUGCAGUAGAUGAGAAGGUGGAUGGUUGUUUUAACUAGGCAUGCUCUUUGGAAUGCAGAAUGGAUCAACUACAGUCAGUUCCAUUAGAAAAUCAAAUUAUUGUUUAAGGAAGAGUGAACAGGAAGGUAGAAGAGAAUACUGCAUGAACAACAGAAAGAAUUAAGGUUUAUAGCUACGUGGAAAAAGUUGAAAUUUAAUCUUUUAGAAAAGAAAGAUAUAUAAAAGCUUGAGUGUCAAAUAAUAAGAAAAUGGAAGCAUUUUCUGUUUUCAUGCCAGAACUGACACUGUCACGAUGAACAAGAAAGAGAAUGAACAUAGGAUGUCGAAGGAUUCCGAGAUGACCAGACAUAGAUGCAAUCACACGUGUGUUGCAUACUUAUAUGUGUGUGUACAAGAAAAUCACAGGAAAAAGUAGUGCAAAGAAGAGUGUUAUGCUAACAGUGCAGAAUUCUUUCCUAGAAUAUAUUUUUUGGUGUUAGGGGUGGGAGUGCUUCAACCUAGUUAAAUGUUUCUAAGCCUGGGGCUUCUACUGCUUCCCCUGGGAGAUUGUUCUAGAGUCUUAUUAGAAUUCACAUUAGAAAACUUUUCCUGCAAAUGAAUUUAAAUAAUCUUUUUUGUAAUUUUUAUCUCAUUAAUCCCAGUUAUACUCUUUUGCACCACUCUAAAUAGUUCCUCUAGCCAUAAUUUAUAUCCUUUGAGUAUUUUUAGAUAGUUAUCAAGUUAAUUGCCUUUGGUCAUUUACUAGAAAAGUUCUGAAUCCCUCCUCAUCCCAAUUCACUCCUUCAGUAUUGUAUUUCCUACCUUUUCAUGAAAUGUCUUUAAUACACAAUCUAAAUCCCCUGGUACUUCUUAAAUGAGUCAUUUUCAGUCCACUCUGUUAAGGUGCUCUGUGUUGAUGUGUGUAGCUCCAUAAAUUGUCAAAGUUUAAACAAUUAAAUUGAAACUUGCUUUUUAAAAAAAUCUUUUCUGUAAUCUAUGGAUUAGUUCUCAUAUGAUACGAAUUUGGCAGUGUUUUUUACAUGGGUAUGAUUUAACAAAGCCAACCAAUAAACGCUGGAGCCAACCAAACAAUAAUACAAAGUAUAAUUUGUUAAAAAUUAGAUUCCUGUCUUUAAUGUGAAAACAGACAUUGUCAUUCAUAUGCCCGUGGUUUUAAUUGUCCUAACAUUAAUCAGUACUAUUAACCAACACUGUUAACCAGCAGCUAUUAACCAGUACAUCCACUUAAGAUAGGUAAUAUUUCUUGUCCUCAAAUAUCAGGAGAAUGCUUUCUAAAACAAAUGCUCAAUAUUUCUAGCCAGGUAUUAAGUACUGCAAAGAAAUAGAAUUGUGCCAACUCUUCUAAUUACUGCCAUGCCUACCCUUACAUUCUAAAUUUGUGAUCCAUUUCUGGUUCCGGCUGGCAUGAUGACCAUGUGGUUUGUUUUCAAGCAGGCCCCAUGCAAACUUGUGUUCUCUGGCUCAGAAGUCACAUGGCAAGCAGGGUGAAUGUACAAAGUCAGUUUGGGUCUUUUCAUUGAUGUGUUUCUGCUGCUGCCUCCUGUUCCUGAACUCCAAACCAGAACUGAAAUCCUUGUGCUGGAAGAGCCAUUGCAUAACUAAGACCCAAGGGAAAUAGAAUUUGAUUUCUUCUUCAUUUAUUCUGUCUGCAAGGAUUGGUGUGAAGGAGAAAGCAGGAACACUGAGAGUUCCAGUGGUGACUUUAGGGAGCCCUCUGCUUCCAUCAGCACAUCUCUGUCCCUAGAGGAUGUAAAUUGUCCAAACCAUAUUGUAGGUAAUGAUGAAUUGUCAGGACUGGAUUUAGGUCACAUGGGCAAACCAUGACUGCCUUGGCAUUGGCUGGCAAUUUGCCGUCACUGCUCUGCCCACUUUCCCAAAACAAGCAUAAGGAGUACCCAAAGUCUGAUGGACAGGGGGAAAGACGAAUGAGCCUUACAAGGUCAGAUUGCAACACAAAGGAGAGAAAAAAGAAGAGGAAUUCCUGAGAAAGGAGUUGUAAAACAUGACUUGUGAUGAACAGCAGGGCAGGAAUCAGGCAUGCACCCUGAAAAUUGUUGCAAUAUUGCUUGGUGAAAAGGGUUGUUCUAGUUAGAAUUAACUAUAUAGUCAUUAAAUAUUUUAUAUGUUACUGAGAGUGUAGGAUUUUGAAGAGUUGAGAAAUAAUCUCAGCAUGUUGAAUGUAGCAGCUGUGCUUUAAUUGGCUGGGACAAUUCUAUUUCAUAUUUCAUCAUCUCUUGACAAUAAAAAUGGCAUUUAAUCUGCCUGCAAAAGUGUACAAUUUUCCCCACACACUUUGUCAUUCCCCAGAUUGCUUCCAUGUUAGUGCAUUGGUUCUUCUUGAGGAGCAGUAACUGCAGUUGGUGGCAUGUAUUUUGUAGCUUGGGAUUGCUUCCUAGCUGUCCAAAUUCUGUGAAGUAUCCACUGUGGCCACUUCUAUGGUUAACAAUAAAUAUACCAGAGAAGGGAUUAAAUAAAUAUAUGUUGUAUGGUUGUACAUACAAUAGUUGUACUCCAUAAAUGUGUCUCAAAACAACAGACUGUUCAGCCCAGGAAAAAUGCUUUUAUGUGAAAUAUCUUAUUGUUGAUGUGAAACAACCAUAAACCAUAUCUUUAAAUGUCUUGUUGCUGAUCCUAAAUGCAUUUCUGAAAGCAUGAAUCUACACAGUUUAUGCAAUACAAUGAAUUAAAUGACUAUAUGCAAUUAAAAAGAUGAAUAUGAAACGAUUUUUGGAAUAGUUUUGAAUUAGCUGCAAAAAAAAAAUACAAAACCAAAAAAACCCCAAAAACAACUAAAAAAACCCUCUUUCUUAAUGAAAAUGUACAGUAAAUUUUGACAGACAGUACAGUACACAAACCCUAACUUUAUAUAGACCAAGAAGUUGUACAAAACUUUCUCCAUGGCAUACUGGUGUAUUUCAUAACAGCUAUGUCAAUUUGCACAGUCAUUUAUGAAUUUGACAUUGUUAGUACCCAUAUGUUUUCCACAGGACUGAUUAAAUGCAUAUUCCAAAUAGAUCUGUUAUUUUAAAACUAUUUCUGUACAUCUGUACAUGUAUAAAGCCAGAGUCACUUUUGUGGUCACUACGGCACUUUCUGUGAAUUGGCCAAUAAAUAUAAUUUUAGAAUUUCACAUAAAA